GAUCUCUGGUGUGGCAAGCCAUUUUGCAUUUGAAAGAGCGGGCGACUUGUUUGACUGCAAUGCCGAAGAGGAACGUAGCUCAAGGAUCCAAGGAACGAAUGGACGCCAAGGUGGUGAAUGGAGAGGAAGAGGUGAUUGUGGAGUGCUCCACAUCAGCUGCGUCGCAAGAGUUCCAGGACGGCAGCCAACACGAAAGUGAGGAGGGCCAAGAAGUCAGGUGCCGAAAGCGCUGGGCAGACGUGGAGUCGGACGAUGAGGAGGAACACUUCCCCAGCUUCUCAGGUGAGAAGAGUUUCGUGGCGCAGAAGGGCGUGGAAAAUGCUGAUGGGAAAGAAAGCACGGAUGAAACUGCAGAAGAAAAGGAAGAAGAGUGGCAAGAGGUUACUGCAAAGAAGAAGCAGCAAAAACCCCUCAGCCAGCUGGCAGCACCUCAAGAAGCACCAUCGAGCAGGACAGGCCGUGAGGGUGGCCAACGUGCAGCACGCCGUGGAGAUAAUCGAAGGCGCAAGGACAAGGAUGGUAACGAUGGCAAGGAUGGAAAGGACAGCAAGGAUGGCAAGGACGGGAAGGAGAAGAAGGAGCCGAGGCGAAGGGGUGGUGCUGACAGAGGUCAAGGGAAUGGCGGAGUACGCCCGCGUCGAGGAGAUGGAGAGAACAACGAGCGCAAGGACAACCACCCACAACGCUCGAGUGAAAAGAAGGAGGCCCCAAAGGAGAUCGCAUGGCGGAAGAAGAGCACAGAAGAGGCAGACAAGCCAAAGGAGGUCAAAGAACCCGAAAAGGCAAACAACGAGGCUGAAUCGAAGACAGAGGAAGAGGCUGGGCGCGAGAGGGUCCGCGAUCAUGGACGAAAUCGCCGAUCAAAGGAAGAACAGCAAGACUCUCAGCCAAAGCAGCCACGUCAAAACUCUGGUCGAAACGAUGGAAAUCGUCGCGGUGGCCGUGGCGAACGGGGCGGUCGCAGGUCUGGAAAUGGUGGCGGUGGCGGUGGCAAUGGUGGAAACAGUGGAACCGGGAACCGGAACAGGGGCCCCACUGCUGAGGAUUGGUUCGCCAGCCGCAUGCAAGCGGUGGCGUGAUGCCCUGGGUGCCUUCGGCCCUCUGGAGAUCUACGGAACAUGAUCAAAUCUUUUGAACGUUUGAUGGAGUUGAUGCGCAGUGUUAGAGCCUGCGUGAAUCUGCACUGAU